AUGUCGGUUCCAGUUCAACUUCAUCAGCUGAAUGUUCUGUUUGUGAAUGCAUCAUCUUUGGAAUAUGUCAAUUUUGCAUACAAUGGCUUUAAUCAAUUUCAAAAUAUAUUUGGUCUCACAAAUCUACCACAGUUAGAUAUAUCUGGAAAUCCGCUAGGGGGUAUAUUAGAAAAUUCAUUUGACAACCUACCUGGCUUAACAAAUUUAGAUAUGACCAAUUCUGAUCUUGGAAACCCGGAACACUACCUUCUGGAGAAUGGGCAGCGACUUCUCCGGCCAUUACGGCGAUUAAGAAGUAUUGUUUUAGCUAACAAUAAUUUGAUGUCUUUCGAUAAACACAUGUUUGCUGAUAAACCUCUUGAAAAAAUUGAUCUUUCAAGGAAUCGUUUUAGAAGCAUACCCUUUGAUUUGACAAGUACCCCCAACCUUCGUAAUCUCGACCUCAGUUAUAAUUCAGUGGUAGAUUUAUCCAAUAUUGAAAUGACCCUCCUGGAUGACCUAGCCUCCAACAACAACUUCACCCUGAUCCUGAGUGGCAAUCUUCUGUCCUGUGGAUGUCACAACCUGAACUUCAUUCUCUGGUUGUCCAACACCAACGUUAAUCUCGUCCCAAGUCGCACAUAUGAUUGUCUUCAGGACGAUGGCACCAUCGAUAAUACCUCACACUAUGCCGAGAACUAUGAGAAAGUCUGGAGGACGUGUUACGGGAGAUUGAUGCUGGCGGGAACUGUUUCAGGGUUUGCAAUGACCAUUCUUACUAUGGCUGGAAUGUAUAUUGUUGUUGUAAGAAAAACCUUGCUUGUAAACAUAGUGCUGCGAUUGUUUGGCUACAGAACUACAGUCCGUCCUUUACGGCGGUUUGACUUCCCGAACGACGCCUACAUCGGCUACAGCGACGUCGAUUACCAGUACGUCUGUCACACUGUGAGAGAACUCCUGGAAGAUAGACAUGGAUUCAAACUCUUCCUGAAGGACAGAGAUACCAUCCCUGGAGGACAAAUAGCCGACGACAUCAUCAACGGAAUAGAUUCCAGCUGGAAAACGGUCCUCAUUAUCACUCAGUCGUUUGUAGAGGACCAGUGGUGCCGCUUCAUUGUCAACCGUGUUGUGUAUUCGUCUUCUAGAAUGCCCGCAGGGAGCAUUGUUCUGGUGUUGUUUGGGGACGUGAGACGAGGGGACAUCCCUCCCACCUUACUGAACGUCGUGGAGGAGAGACACAUCUUCAGUGUGGGUAGAUACAGGGGCGAUGAAGGCAGGCUGUGGGUGGAGGUCAGCCAGUGCAUCAAAGUGAAUACAGAAGAUGGAAUUGCUUAAUGACAUGUUCAAUAUUAUUGGAGCAUAUUUGUAUUUUCUAGACCAUCUUUCUUUGGCCAUACUCGUUCACAUGUAUUUUAAAUAUUAAAAACCUGAAUUAUA